AUGAAAAUAUAUAAAAUAUGUAUAUUUUUAAUUUUUAAAAUGAAUAUUAUAAGUAAUACAUGCAUACUUAUGUUUGCUCUUACAAGCCUAAUAACAUACAUCUACUGCUUUUUAAAAUCUUAUGAAUCCGAUAAAGAUAUGAGAACACAUAAAUUGUCUCAGAAAUUUAAAUAA